AUGACGUCUGCCAAUGCGGAUGGCAAAAUAACUUGCCUACCAGAAAGGCUCUGGGAUCGAGCCUACGACCACCUCAAAGAGCAAGAGCAUGCCCUCGUGCAGGCGUAUGAGAAGGUCUUGUCUCGUGAACUUCACAAAGACACUGUUGAUUCCACAUCAUCCGAGUCACAACAAAACGCCAUCGCCCAGCACGACCCGGCCGCGAGGCGAGAUCAGAUGAAGCGGCUCGUCGACGUCGGUCUGCAAAAAACGGUGCCCAAGUCCAGAGUGAAAGAGGGAGUAGGCGCUGCCAUGGAUGUUGUGCUGUAUGCAAAGGAGAUCAUCAGUUCGGCAAUCCAGGCCGUGCCUCAAGCUGCUCUGCCCUGGUCUGGCGUCAUUAUUGCCCUUGAGAUGCUUGCCAACCCUAGCCAAGAGACCGAAACUAACCGCAAUGGCAUCAUCUACGUUGCCACCAGAAUGGACUGGUAUUGGAGCUUAUCCAGUCUUCUCUUUGGCGAAAAUACCAUCGACGGUGGCACCCUAUCUGGUGUUGGUUGUGAAUUAGAGAAGCGGAUCGUCGACCUCUACAAAUUACUUCUGCUAUACCAGAUGAGGAGCGUCUGUUCGUACUUUCGCAACCGUGGCCUCGUCUUCUUACGCAGCGUAAUCAAGCUUGAGGGCUGGCAAGCCAGCUUGCAGGCCAUCCGAGACGCGGAGAUAGUUCUCAUGCAGGAUAUCAACAUGUAUGGCAACCAGCAGACCCAACUGCAUGCGAAGAACCAGGAAGCAAAACUCGAAAACAUUUACCAGACCCUUCGGGGGCGGCUUCGCAGUCAAAUAUCCAAAGAAGAUCAGCAAUGUCUCCGACACCUGCGCCUCAGCGAUCCUCGCCACGACAAGUCUCGCAUCGAGCGAACCAAAGGCGGCCUCUUGCAUGACUCGUAUCGUUGGAUCCUCGACAACCAUGAUUUCAAACGAUGGCGUGACCAGCCCGAGAGCCGGCUCCUCUGGAUCAACGGCGAUCCAGGCAAAGGCAAGACGAUGCUGCUCUGCGGCAUCAUCGACGAGCUGAAAAAGUCAAGUCCGCCUUCGCUUCUGUCGUUUUUCUUCUGCCAAGGCACCAACGUUCGUAUCAAUAAUGCCACUGAUGUGGUGCGGGGCCUGAUCUACCUGCUCGUUGACCAGCAACCGUCUCUCAUCUCCCACGUUCGGAUGGAGUACGAUCGGGCAGGCGAAACCGUCUUCAAAGAUGCGAACACCUGGGACGCCCUAGUCAAAAUCUUUAUUAGCAUUCUGCGAGACCCAGGUCUGGAGACGGCCUACUUCGUCAUCGACGCACUCGACGAAUGCAUGACAAACUUGCCAGAACUCCUGGACCUUAUCGUCCAAGGCUCCUCAUCGACAAAGGUGAAGUGGCUCCUCUCAAGUCGGAAUAAUCCAGAAAUUAAGCAGAAACUGAGGUGCGAUGGUACUCGGACGAGGUUGAGUCUCGAGCUCAAAGAAAAUGCCGAACAGAUAUCCCGCGCCGUCGAUAUCUAUAUCGAUGACAAGGUGUCCCACCUCGAAUCGAUACAGGGCGACGAAACGCUGGGAGAUAAAGUACGGGCUAUUCUCCACAUGAAAGCCAAUGACACGUUCCUCUGGGUGGCUCUCGUCGUUCACGAGCUCCAAAAGGCCAAGAGCUGGCACAUUCUACAGGUAGUCGAAGAUGUGCCGGCGGGCCUGAUAGAGCUAUACCAUCACAUGCUGAAGCAGAUCCAACUACUUCAAAGGGACGCGGAAUUUUGCCGGCUCAUGCUGUCUACCGCGAGCGUCGCAUAUCGUCCGCUUCACUUGGCUGAGAUUGCCGUCUUAUCCGGCGUACCGAACCAGAUUUCAGCGAAAACGGAAAACGUCCGAGAGAUUGUAGCUAUGUGCGGCUCAUUCCUGACAGUCCGAGACGACCGAGUCUAUCUUGUUCACCAGUCGGCCAAGGACUUCCUUUCUGGUGAGGCAUCGAGCAUAGUCUUCCCUUCCGGUGCUCUCGGUAGUCACCAUGCAAUAUACUCUCGAUCGCUGCAGAUCAUGCAUAAGACCCUACGACGCAACAUGUAUAACUUAAGCGCACUGGGAGUCCUGAUUGACGACGUCGGGCCGCCAGACCCCGAUCCACUGGCUGCGGCGGUGUACUCCUGUGUAUACUGGGUGGACCACCUCUUGGACUCGAUUUCUGGCAGGGACACGGCACAGGACGACGCACUGGGUGAUGACAGAGUCUACACCUUCCUCAAAAGAAAGUUCCUUUACUGGCUCGAAGCUCUCAGCCUACUCCGACAUAUCCCAGAAGGUGUCAUUGCAAUGGAGAAGCUCGAGUCGUUGGUAGGAUACACUCGGGAACGGCGAUUAUUAGACCUUGCACGAGAUGCGCGCCGAUUCAUUCUGUCUCACAAGUGGAUGAUAGAGAAUGCUCCACUCCAAGCUUACGUAUCAGCCCUCCUGUUUAGUCCAGCACACAGCCUGGUAAAAGAGCUAUUCAAAGAAGAAGAGCCUAACUGGAUCCAAACGAAACUGUCUAUGGAAGAAGAUUGGAAUGCAUGCAUCCAGACGCUCGAAGGCCAUGUCGAUUGGGUCCUAUCGGUCGCCUUCUCGGCCGAUGGCCAGCGACUCGCUUCGGCUUCUGCUGAUAGAACGGCCAAGAUCUGGGAUGCGGCCACAGGAAAAUGUGUCCAGACGCUCGAGGGCCAUAGUGGUCGAGUAUUCUCAGUCACCUUCUCGGCCGAUGGCCAGCGACUCGCUUCGGCUUCGUCUGGUAGAACGGCCAAGAUCUGGGAUGCGGCCACAGGGAAAUGUAUCCAGACGCUCGAGGGCCACGACGACUGGAUCUAUUCGGUCGCCUUCUCGGCCGAUAGUCAACGGCUUGCUUCGGCUUCGUACGAUAGAACUGUCAGAGUCUGGGAUAUAGCCAUGGGAAAAUGUGUCCAGACGCUCGAGGGCCACGACGACAGGAUCUACUCGGUCGCCUUCUCGGCCGAUAGCCAACGGCUUGUUUCGGCUUCGUACGAUAGAACUGUCAGGGUCUGGGAUAUAGCCAUGGGAAAAUGCGUCCAGACGCUCGAGGGCCACGACGAUCAGCCGCUAGAGAAUGCGUCCAAACUCUCGAGGGCCAUGACGAUUGGGUCCAUUCAGUCGCCUUCUCAGUCGACGGCCGGCAACUCGCUUCGGCUUCGGGUGACGGAGCCGUCAAGAUAUGGGAUGCAUCCACGGGCAGGUGCCGACAGACUUUCGACGCAGGCACUUCGCUAG